AGUCAAACUGCGCGCCAGGCAUUUUACGGGAAGAGUUAUUUGUGCUUUUCAUGAAUAAAAAAUUCUCAAAUUUUUUAAAAGUUUUAAUUAAUUCAGUAGAAUUAAUAUUAAAUAAUUUCUUAAAGUUUGAAAUUUCUGUGUUACAAGUAGCAUGUCAAAAUGAAAUUUAUAAUUUUUGUUGUUGCCAUUGCUACUAUUGCUACUGCUGGUGAGUGUAUAGUAUGUUACCAAUGCGUUGAUGGAGAGAAAACUGAUGAAUUGCAAAGUUAUCAAAGCUGCAAUAAAUUCUUAGACAAUCAUACGUGUAAUACCACAGCGAGUUCAGCAUGUGCGACAUACAGUACUAAUUAUUUACAUAGAAGAACAGUUUUGCAUGACUGCGUGAGGGAAGAAAAUCCUUUUAAGCAUGGAAACUACGAUAUUCGAAUUUGUAAAACUAAUUAUUGCAAUCGCGAUGAAAAUUGGGGACGAUACAAUGGAGUUUCAAGUGUAUCCUUACCAACUUCUCUUGGACUUGUUUUAUUAGUCCCAUUGUACUUCAUUUAAGAAACAGUUACAUCAGCAGUAAUAAAAGGAAACAAUAAUCAAGCUGGACACUUACAACGACAAACCUUCUAUUAUUUACACUUGUUUGUAAAAAGUACAAAUAAUGAACGAAUCGCGCCAUUUUAUAUAUUUUUAUUUACAACCACCGUGUUAUGAGGCUAUAACGUAGCCUAAAAAGUGAGCGUUAGAAAGCCUGCUGAAAUAUUAUUAGUUCCAAACGCCGCCACCACGAAGGAAUAGUCAAGAGGGAUCCCACCAUAUGUUUUUAGUGAGCAGCGUUUGGACAAGCAAUCUUAAAAAAUUCGUUACUGUUUGCCACUAAUCGAAACUCGCGAGCAAACCCGUGCACAUGCGCAGUGCUGUUUGAAUUUUCAUGUGUGACCCCCACUCCUCUAUGUUAUACUUUGACAUCCCGAUGCAUAUGUAGGUUAUGUUUGUUUUUGCUCCUAUUUUAUUGGGUUUUUAAAUUCAUUUCUUAAUUGCUACUGAAUUAGAAACUAGUAGGAAAAUGACAUUUCUCUAUCUCUAUGUACUCCUUAAAGGUAAAGUAUGUAUUUUCACAUUAACUUAAUACAUACAUAUUUUCUUAAACCGGC